AUGUCUAAUAUCAUGAACAAACUUUCCGACAAGCUUUCAGGCAACCAUCACCAAGACCAACAAGGUGAUGAUAACGACGACUUCCAAAGAUCUGGACGUGGCGGCGGUGCCUACUACGGCCAAGGCCAAGGUGGUCAGCGCAGUAGCGACCAAUAUGGCGGCAGCGGUAGCCAGUACGACCAGUAUCGCUCCCAAGGGGGCCAGAGCGGCCGUGGAGGCCAAGGCUUUGGAAGCCAACAGGAUUACGACGAAAACUACACCGGUAGUGGUGGAGAUCGUAAUUUUUCCGACGAAUACGACAACCAAAUGAACGAUAGGGUGAGGAACAAGAUGGGUGACGAGUACACAAACGAUGAAUGGAGUGGCAACCGUCACGCUCAGGGAUUUGAUAGCAGCGGCGUGAAAACCAAGGGCCAGCAAUGGUAA